GAAACUUCCAAAACUACCGUAAGUUAUUAAUUUCAAUCAUUAUACCUAAAAGUGAAUCUUAUGUUUAAUGAACUAAUAAAUGUUUACUUAUGCUGCUAAGGCUUGAAGAAAUAAAAGAUUCAAACAGUGUAAGAAGACGUGGAUCGGCCGUAUUAAACAAAGGAGCUCACAAUCAGAUACAUAAUGUAUCUGAAUCAGAAAUAUUUCUUCGAAAUGUACUUGAAGAAUAUCCUUCUUUGCCAAAGAAAAUUCAGAGUGCCAUAGAUAGGUUUGCUGCUAGAAGAGAUUUUGAAAAUCAAGAAAUUCUUAAAAUUCAAAACAUGUAUAACAAUAAGCCAGAUGAUAAUAAUAUUGAGGAAGAAGCAUUACUAGAUAAUGCUUGGGAUACUAUUGGCUAUUUGAACUUAAAAACAGGAUUGGAUUUUAAGCUGACUGAAAGUGAAAUUAUUACAAUGGAAGAUAAAUUUGAACAAUACAUUAAUGUUAAAAAAGAGGCAUGCAAUUUGAAAACAAAUUUUAAUGAAAAUGUGUUAGGCCUUAGACUACGCAAAAUAAGUUUAAUACAUGAUUACAAACAAUUUAAGUUUGAUGCUUGCAUGAUACAAAAGGAAUUUAAUGAUUCAGAAAUAACGACUCCGUCAAAUUUCCCCGAAGUUGUAAUGGAUGAAUCUAUCGAUCCUAGCUUAAUUGAUCCAUUUGAACCGAUUGGUCAUUGGGAUCCGACAGAUUUGAUUUUAAAGCCUGGAAAUAGUCACGAGCUUACUCAUUUAGAAAUCAUUAUGCAAAAUAUGAGAAAAGAACAAUUGAAAUAUAGACACAUGCAUUUGCAUGAAACUAUGUUAACAAAGAUCAAUAUGUUUGAUGACGAUUUAAUGGAAUUGGAUAAAAUGCGAAAAGAUGUUAAGCUCCGAAUUAAAUUUCUUGAUUUAUUGGCUUUAACAUUAGAAGAAGAAUUGAUAAUUUUGAAUGAUUUUGAUUUAGUUGAAGAUGAAUAUUCACACAGUGUAUACAUUAAAACAGGUUUACAGAACGAUAAAGUUAACCAAAUACAAAGCAUUCGAGAAGAAAUCAAAUAUUUGAACGAUAUUAUUAAUACCAAAACAAAUAUGCUAAUAGACAUUCAACAUACUUUUGAUAUGGAAAUUAGGAAUGAUGGGUUUGCUAAACAUCUUAAAAAAAUUUUUAAAAAGAAAUUGAAAGUACCUAAACUCAAAUCUGAUGAUGCCGAUGAUACACUUUCAUCGUCUUCAUCCGAUGGAAGUGACGAAUCUGAUCCAGAAUUUAUAAAUGAAAGUGCAGAAUCAUUUACGGCAAUGAGUCGAGUAGUGGUGUUUGACGAAAGAGUAUUACCAUCAGGCUGCGAUCCCAAAUUAUUUAAUAUUACAUUAGAGUUGAGGUCAAAACGAUAUGAAAUUGAACAAACCAUAGAGGAUAAUAAAAAAAAAUUGGAUGUUCUUAAUACACGUUUAAGUUUAACUUAUGAAGAAUUUGAUGCCAUUGAAAAUGAAUUAAAACAAAAUAUAAAUGAACUAGAAGCAUACCGGAUAAAAAAACAAUUGAAACUAAAUGAUGUUAAAACCACAAUUGUAUUGAAUAAAUCUCAAAUGACCAAAGCUAAAUUAUUGAAAAGUUGUAUUUUAUUAUAUGGAAAUGUUAUGCAAGAUCUAACAAAUAGAGUCAUGGAGUUAAAAAAAGAAGAAAAAGAGAUAAUAUAUACAUUAAAAAAUGAAAAGGUAGUUGCUAAACAGUUUCGUACAGAAAUAACCAAAAUGGAGAACAUUCUAAAAAGUUAUAAAAUAGCAAUUAAGGAUGAAAUGAUAAAGAAAUUUAAAAUUGAAACGGAUUGGAAUUUUUUAGACGAAAUGGAAAUGACUAUAAUAAACUACAUGAUUAUUAAAUCAAAGUCCAAGGCCAAAGAUACAAAGGAACGUUUUGUUCGAGAAAUAAGACUAUUAGAAAAUAAAAUCAGCUGUCAAACAGAGUUAAUAAUUGAUUUAUUAAAAUGGAAUACUUUCAAAAUAAAAACCUUAAAAGAUGUUUGUGGAAACAUAAAUAAAAUUAGACAGUGUUUGAUGGAACAAAAAAAAAUUAAAAUAAAACUUCAAAAGUUAACAAUGGAAUCAUCUUUUACAAUAGAACUCAAUACCAUUAAACGAACAUAUGAUACAUUAUUAAAAAGGAAACAAGAUAUAAGUGAGAAAAUAAACAUGUAUAAAUGCAAAGGCAAAAUGUUCCCUCCUUUAGUAAAACAAUCGCACACAAAGUCAAUACAAAGUCAGCCGGUCAAUGAUCGGUCCUUAGCUACACCUGUUACUCCACAAGAGGGGAGCGAAGAAUCGUGGACAAUCAACGAAGAACCACUUACUUACAACAUGGAAUUUAAUGUUGAACCAAAGAAGUUGACUUUUUCCAAACAAUCAUUAUCACGGUUAACAAAACAGUCGUCACACUUUGAUAGUUUUGAAAAUGUCGAUGAAGGGUACAAAACAAAGAAAUGGACGACCUAUUAUGACGACGAAGUGAUACCGCUUACAGAGACCGUGGAAGACUUUGCAGAAUAUAAUGAUUUUAGUGAGAGGGCCGAGACACAGAACAGCUCGUCGGACGACAAAGUGAUACCGCCUACAGAGACCGUGGAAGACUUUGCAGAAUAUAAUGAUUUUAGUGAGAGGGCCGAGACACAGAACAGCUCGUCGGACGACAAAGAAUCCAAUGGUAGCCACAAUAAUAUUCAUGAUGAUAAUAAACCAAAAAAUUAACACAAAUAAUGAAAUGAAACAAAAUAUAAAAAAUUAAUAAUAGGAAUUUAAUUUUUUUUUU